GCUCAAGCUGCAGGACUAGACGGAACCCCCGGCCCGAAAGCCCUGCCUCAAUUUCGGGGAAUUUCGAGAGGAACCAGGAAGGUAAACACCCGUUCCAGCAUUCGGAACUACGAACUCGGGCAAAUACGCGCCACUUUAACCGCGGCUCUCGAACGGGUGGGCGGAGCUGUGACCCGGGCGAGACUCUCGAAGGCUGAAGGAACGCUGAAACCAGGCAAAGGCAGAGUAGAAAGCAGCCGGAAGGCAGCGGGGGAGUCGUAUGUUGAAGAAAAUGUCUGGAAGCUACCACUUUGUAAUUGUUGGCCACCAUGAUAAUCCAGUUUUUGAAAUGGAAUUUUUGCCACCUGGGAAAGCAGAAUCCAAAGAUGAUCUUCGACAUCUGAACCAGUUCAUAGCUCAUGCUGCUCUCGACCUUGUGGAUGAAAACCUGUGGCUUUCCAACAAUAUGUACUUGAAAACUGUGGACAAAUUCAAUGAGUGGUUCGUGUCAGCGUUCGUCACAGCAGGACAUAUGAGAUUUAUUAUGCUUCAUGAUGUAAAGCAAGAAGAUGGAAUAAAGAACUUCUUUACUGAUGUCUAUGAUUUGUACAUAAAGUUUGUGAUGAAUCCAUUUUAUGAACCGAAUUCUCCUAUUCAAUCAAGCGCAUUUGACAGAAAAGUUCAAUUCCUUGGGAAGAAACACCUCUUAAGCUAAAUGCAGAAAAAUUCUGAAGUAAAGUGUCACAGUGGGGUAUACUCAGGAAUGUGUGCAUUGUAAGUAACUUCAUUAAAUGGCCUGGAAAACUUGUC